CUGAAGCUUGCCCGGGAGUAGUGAAUUGUACGCAACUGUUCGACAACCUUCACCAAUUCUACUUGGCCGAAACAGCUUCUGGACACAAGCUCAAGGAGAAUACCACAUGAUGGCAGCAGCCACGCCCAUUGCCACUGUCUACGUCCGCAACCUAGAGGAGCGCGUCAAACCUGAGCCACUCAGGGAGGCCCUCGAGGCAAUCUUCGGCGAAUAUGGAAACAUCAUUGAUAUUGUCGCCAAGACGAACCUGAAGGCCAAAGGCCAAGCCUUCAUAGUAUUCGACAACCCCGAGUCGGCGUUGAAGGCCGUCGAGGAGGUCCAAGGAUUCGAGCUGUUCGAAAAGCCAAUCCAAGUCGCCCUGGCAAGAACGAGAAGUGAUGCAACAGUCAAGACUACUGGCAACGACGACGAGUUCGAGCACCACAAGCGCAGAAGACUGGCAGAGAAGGACAAGAAGAAGGCAGCCGAAGCCGCCCAGGAGCAGCAGAGGCUCAAGCGUCCUGGCGCCGCACCUGCACAAGAUGCACGACCCGCCAAAGCUGCUCGCCCUGGCGGUCUCAAGUCCACGGCUCCUGGUGCCAACACGGUGGUGCCCGACGAGUACUUGCCACCGAACAAGAUUUUGUUCGUACAGAACUUACCCGACGACUACGACGUCGAAGCUCUCACUGCUAUCUUUGGACGGUACGAGGGCUUCCGCGAGGUUCGUUUGGUGCCUGGAAGACGCGGUAUCGCGUUCGUCGAGUACGAGGCCGAGGCGGGAGCUAUUACGGCCAAGGAGAACACGGCAGGCAUGGCUCUGGCAGACGGUACGAAAUUCAUGAAGGUCACAUACCAGCGACAGUAGUUGCUCCAGUAAAGCUUAGUAUGCCCUUGUCCACAAUUCAUAAGAUACCCAAAUGCUAUACUAUUCAAGACCAACGCCAAC